UGCCGCUUAAAGGCUCCGGGAGCAGCAGCCGUCGGGUCGCCGAGGCUUUCGCUUUGCUGCCGCGCUUGGGCGGCGGGAGGAACAGACUCAGCGGCCGACUCUCCUGCAGCCCCGACUUGAGCUGCACGGAGGGCUCUCCUGGUCCAGCCCUCCAGGUUUGGGGCUUCCUUGCCGAGGCGCCCGUGCCCCCGGGCUCCCCGCCUCGGCCCCCCGCGGCCCCGAUGCCGAGGCAUGGAUAGAGCGGCGCUGCGCGCGGCGGCGAUGGGGGAGAAGAAGGAGGGCGGCGGCGGGGGCGCCGGGGCCGCGGCCAGCCGGGCUCUGCAGCAGUGCGGGCAGCUACAGAAGCUCAUCGACAUCUCCAUCGGCAGCUUGCGCGGGCUCCGCACCAAGUGCGCUGUGUCCAACGACCUCACCCAGCAGGAGAUCCGGACCCUGGAGGCAAAACUGGUGCGCUACAUCUGCAAGCAGCGGCAGUGCAAGCUGAGCGUGCCCCCCAGCGACAGGACGGCCGAGCUCAACAGCUACCCGCGUUUCAGUGACUGGCUGGACACCUUCAACGUGAGGCCGGAGGUGGCACAGGAGAUCCCUCGAGAACUCACGCUGGAUGCCCUGCUGGAGAUGAACGAGGCCAAGGUGAAGGAGACGCUGCGGCGCUGCGGGGCCAGUGCGGAGGAGUGCGGCCGUCUGCAGCAAGCGCUCACGUGCCUGCGGAAGGUGACGGGCCUGGGAGGUGAGCACAAAGAGGACUCGGGCUGGAGUUCAUUGGAUGCUCGGCGGGAAAGUGGUUCGGGGCCUUGUGCAGAUACCUUCUCACCAGCCAGCCUGCCCUGGCCCCCAGGGAGCUCCCAGCUGGGCAGAGUGGGCAGCAGUGCCCAGGGACCCCGCUCCAUCUCCGUGUCAGCGCUACCCGCCCUGGACUCCCCAGCCCCUGGCCUUGGCGAGGGCCUCUCGGACACCUGUAUCCCCUUGCACGCCAGUGGCCGACUGACGCCCCGCGCCCUGCACAGCUUCAUCACCCCGCCCACCACACCCCAGCUGCGCCGGCACGCCAAGCUGAAGCCACCACGGACACCCCCACCACCCAGCCGCAAAGUCUUUCAGCUGCUUCCCAGCUUCCCCACGCUUACCCGGAGCAAGUCCCAUGAGUCUCAGCUGGGGAACCGCAUCGACGAGGUCUCCCCAAUGAGGUUCGAUCUCCCACAUGGAUCCCCACAGAUGGUACGAAGGGACAUCGGCCUCUCAGUGACACAUAGGUUCUCCACCAAGUCCUGGCUGUCGCAGGUCUGCCACGUGUGCCAGAAGAGCAUGAUGUUUGGAGUGAAGUGCAAGCACUGCAGGUUGAAGUGUCACAACAAGUGCACAAAAGAAGCCCCGGCCUGUAGAAUAUCCUUCCUCCCAAUAACAACGCUCCGACGGACAGAAUCCGUCCCCUCGGACAUCAACAACCCUGUGGACAGAGCAGCCGAACCCCAUUUUGGAACCCUCCCCAAGGCGCUGACCAAAAAGGAGCACCCUCCAGCCAUGAACCCCCUGGACUCCAGCAGCAACCCCUCCUCCACCACAUCCUCCACGCCCUCCUCGCCGGCACCCUUCCCGACAUCGUCCAACCCAUCCAGCGCCACCACACCCCCCAACCCUUCACCUGGCCAGCGGGACAGCAGGUUCAACUUCCCAGCUGCCUACUUCAUUCAUCAUAGACAGCAGUUUAUCUUUCCAGACAUUUCAGCCUUUCCGCCCGCAGCUCCGCUCCCUGACACGGCCGACAGUGCCCGGCUCGACGACCCACCAAAAGCAGAUGUGUUGGAGGUUCCCGAGGUGGAGGCAGAGGAGCCAGAGGCUGGAAAGUCAGAGGCCGAAGAUGACGAGGACGAGGUGGAUGACUUGCCAAGCUCCCGCCGGCCCUGGCGGGGCCCCAUCUCUCGAAAGGCCAGCCAGACCAGUGUGUACCUGCAGGAGUGGGACAUCCCCUUCGAGCAGGUGGAGCUGGGUGAGCCCAUCGGGCAGGGCCGCUGGGGACGGGUGCACCGUGGCCGCUGGCAUGGCGAGGUGGCUAUUCGCCUGCUGGAGAUGGAUGGCCACAACCAGGACCACCUGAAGCUCUUCAAGAAGGAGGUGAUGAAUUACAGGCAGACGCGGCAUGAGAACGUGGUGCUCUUCAUGGGGGCCUGCAUGAACCCCCCCCACCUGGCCAUCAUCACCAGCUUCUGCAAGGGGCGGACAUUGCACUCAUUUGUGAGGGACCCUAAGACAUCUCUGGACAUCAACAAGACGAGGCAGAUUGCUCAGGAGAUCAUCAAGGGUAUGGGGUAUCUUCAUGCCAAGGGCAUUGUGCACAAAGAUCUCAAAUCCAAGAAUGUCUUUUACGACAAUGGCAAGGUGGUCAUCACAGACUUUGGGCUGUUCGGGAUCUCAGGUGUGGUCCGAGAGGAACGGCGCGAGAACCAGCUGAAGCUGUCCCACGACUGGCUGUGCUACCUGGCCCCUGAGAUUGUGCGUGAGAUGACUCCCGGGAAGGACGAGGACCAGCUGCCCUUCUCCAAAGCCGCUGAUGUCUAUGCAUUUGGGACUGUCUGGUAUGAACUACAAGCAAGAGACUGGCCCUUUAAGCACCAACCUGCAGAGGCCUUGAUCUGGCAGAUCGGAAGCGGGGAAGGCAUGAAGCGCGUCUUGGCCUCCAUCAGCCUGGGGAAGGAAGUCACCGAGAUCCUGUCUGCCUGCUGGGCUUUCGACCUGCAGGAGAGACCCAGCUUCAGCCUGCUGAUGGACAUGCUGGAGAAGCUGCCCAAGCUGAACCGCAGGCUCUCCCACCCUGGGCACUUCUGGAAGUCAGCUGAGUUGUAGGCCUGGCUGACUUGCUUGUGCCAGGGGCUUCCUUCCUCCUAAUCGACAGCUCGGCUCUGCGACUUCUGCUAAAACUCACAAUGCCCAGCGGGCACUAACCCAGGGGAUACCAUCUCUGCUGCUCCAACUUCUCUCUCCAGACUUGCUCUGUUUGUUUUUAAAAUCAGUUCCCUCCCCUCUCCACGUGGCCUGCGUGUGCCUGGGUAACUGCUGGUGAGGAUCAAGGAUCUCACUAACCUCUCUGGACUCCCCAGAGAGGUGGCCCAACGGCUUCUAGCCGCUCUCCUGGACACAAUGACUGUCUUCCUCUUGUCCUUCCGGGGGUUGUCUUGCUUCUGUCUGUCGGGUGGCCCUGUUUACUUCUAACACCUGUGGUCAGAGCACAGGGGAGGUGUGCUUGGCUUCUAACCUGUGAGGAUCCUGUCCUGCAAGGAGUGGAGUGACUUCAGCGCUUCCCCGAGGCCAGCACCACUGGGUUCCUGUCUGUGUUCUCUGUAGACUUGGGACAGUAGACACUAAAAGUCUGCGACCUUGACAGAUGCUAGUUCAGAAGGGCUAUGUCCUCAGCAGCACACUCAGAAAAGUUGUCCUAAAGCAAAGUGGAGCUUGUCUCCCAACAGCUUCACUAUUGGAAACGAAGCGUCUGCCCCCAGCCCCACCCCCACCAUUACUCCCUUCACAUCUGCCAGGGCGCUGCAUAGAUGGACCCCAGUUCCACAUUUGCCGGGGUGGGGCAGAUGGGCCGCUGCACUGCUCUCUGAAUGCAGAUGGCCACCUGCCCUCCCAGCAAGGCUGCUCACUCUGGAUCUCUGGAAGGGGGCUCUAGGAACCUCCACCUCAGUCUGCCUUCCAGGUGGCCCAGUGGCCCCAGUAUUUGAGCACCGUUUAUAGAAGCUUGUGGUGUCGCUUAGGUUUCUCUUCUCUCCUGAUUCUACGUGGAGCCGGUGAGGAACUGUUCAGAUGAGCCCACAGCGGUUAUGGUGCACCCGGGGUGCCAGGGAGUUAGAGGUGAAUGAGCCACAUCGCUACCCCCAGGAGGGGAGUGUGACUGAGGCCCAGAACUCGGGGGACCAGGGGCAGCUCUGCCAAGCCUGUGGGGUGAGCAGUCAUUGCCGCUCCUUGGUCAGGGCCGGGUCCUCUGCUAAGCUUCUGGAACUAGCCUAUUCCUUAACCACACUAACAGUGGUGGAGACCAGCAGGGCCAUAACCGUGUGUUUUUGUUCCUCUUCACAGCAUUAACAGCAGCAAAGUUGUACCCCGCUUUGAAAGGUUUGGCCUGGGCGCCCUGGAGUCCAGCAACCCAAAGAUGUAGCUGGUCAUGUGGUUUUUCUGCCACCCAUUUAUGUCUUUUUGCAAACGUGUUUCUAAAACACACAACCAUUCAUCAUGACAAAAAAUAUUACACACUCCCGCCUGCCCAGCGCUGCACAUGAGGAGCAUGAGUUCUCCAUUCAGACUGUUCGUCACAAAGACAUGUGGGCCCUGGAGAUGGAGCCACACCUGCUGUUUUAGAUGACACCAACAGAACCAGAUCUGUCUUGACUGACGGCACUUGUUUACAUGUAUGUUUCUGCUGAGCGGACUGGAUGUUUUACAAUAGGUAAUAAUAAACGGUCCACACGUAGGGGCGCUGGCACCUUGGGAUGGUGGAAGUGGCUGUCCCUUCUGAAGGACCCUGUAACAGUGAGGGCCCAGUACUGGGCCAGAAGGAAGAAAAGCAUCAUGAUUAUGGCUGUUCUUGGGGAGGAGGCACAUGGCUUGACCUGGCCUCUGCUUUGACCCUAACACCCAUCAGUAGGGAAUCUCCCUCCCUGGGAUUCCCCCCUUGUCCUAUCAAAGGAACAUCAUCCUUUCCUCAUCUUGCAGCAAAAACCCUGGCUGGGAACCUUGCUGGAUUAAGAGGGUUAGAAUUCCCUAGAGAACUUGGAUACACCUUAAGACCCCUCUAAACUAGGCUGUUGCUGCUGGAAAAGAAGAGACAGACUCUAAACAGCAUCUGGAUGGUUCCUAGCCAGGUUUUUGCUACGUGGUGAAGAACUCUCCACACGCUGUGGAAAUGUGUUUCUUGAAGCCCGCCGACAGGCACUAAGGUAAUGGGACUCGCCUCUGUGUUUAAACACAUCCCAAUGCGUGACUGACAUCUGACCCUAGAGCUGAGGCCGCCCUGGUAGCUGCUCUAUGAGGGAGAACAGGGAAGCCAGCAGAGGGGUAGAACUAGCCAGCAGAGGCCUGAGCCCCACUUUCUGGUGAUCCUGGCACUUUAGAAACCCAUCCUGUUCUACUAGAAGGUUCCAAAACUGCCUGCCUCUUCCACUUCCUCUACCUUAUUGAAACCCCUUCACCCAUUCCUGACUCCCCUCUCCCUGCUCAGAGCUGAGGUGGGGGCGUGAGGCAGUCCAGCCUUCCCAGUUAGACCCCAGUGAGCCCCCACACCUGCAGAGCCCUCUCUGGCAACAUGAGGCCUUUGGCUUGUGUCCAUUCAAACUAGCAGUCGGGGGAGACUGGCUUUGGGAGAGGCUUUGAUGUGACUGACCCCCACUUGUCCUCCGUAAAACUGUCACACAGAAAAGUUCCCAAUGGCAAAGAAGCCUUGAAGUGGAGGUUAGGUCUCAGGGGGCUACACAGACAGGAGAGUGAGCAAUGGGCCAGAGAUGCGGUGGGAUUCAGGCCUGGAACCUGUGCUGUCCUCUGAGCUCAGACAGGGGCAGCCGUGUGGCUCCUACCCCUUUCAGUGAGGCCACCUCAUAAAGCCCCAGUCUUGAGCCUUCCUGAUGUCAAGAGUCUGGUCCUAAUGUCACGUACUACAGGCCAUGCUGCCGAGAAGCCUGGAGACCACCUCCUGCUCUCCAGGCCCUUUGCCUGCCCUCCUUGGAGAGUGCGACUGCACAGUGGUGCAGGCUACCCAGGACCCGCAUCCUUACCUUUCUUGGUCAUUGUGGGCAGGAGAAAGAGGACUAGGCCAGCUGGGGUCAGCGCUGUGUAGGCCAUUGCAUCUCUGUAGUGGGUUUCUUAUUCUGCCCCAUCUUCCCCUCCGCCUGCCACAUCAGCCCUCCCUGUGAUGUCCCCACUCCAAAGCCGUGUGGUGUGUGGCCACUGCCUCUGUGGCUGCAGUACACCCACAGCUCCCAGAGGUGACUGCUUGUGUGUCUCUGGACUUCACCUGUCUGCCACGAUGCUGGCCUUCCCCCUGGGCAGAACCCCCACACCCCCCGACACACACACAUGCUGCCGUGUGACUGGUCAGCUGCUGGGUGUGUCCGGCUCAGCUCCUCCCCAUCCCCCACAGAAAAUCAAUCUCGCUUUGUCUCGUGAAUGUCAAGGUUCAGAAGGCUCCCUCAUGGUCUUGUGCAAGUGCUGGGGCCUCAGAGGUAGGAAUAGCCGCAGUCCCCUUCUUAAGGAACUGAUGGUCUUCCCGGAGUCUGGUAUCUGCCAGGAACCCCACCUGGCCUUGAUAGUAGGGCUAAGGUGCUGGGGACCCUCUCCUUCCCCUCCAAGCCUAGACAGCCUCUGGCUCUCUGCCUGUCAUUUAGGAAAAUCCUCCACAGUGGUCCCCCUUCUCCCUUUUUUAUUUAAGUGACUGUGAACUGAGGUUAGGAAGACGAGCUUGCCCUUCUGUGUGCCUUCCCCGUCUGCCUUGGAUACGCAUGAAGGAUGACAGAUACUGUGAAUUCAGUCCUCACAACCCACUGUGAAAGGGAUGGAGAAGGCUGAGGGCUCGCUGGGGCUGCGGAGCUCCCCGCUGGGGUCCAAAAGUGGAGCCCAAGAAGUUCUGGCCCUUCUAGGCACCCCCAGUCCCCAGUCUCACCUCCAAGGCCUUUAACCACCAGUCUGUGGUCUCCCCGGGUUUCUUUCUGAUUCGGAGCUUGAAUCCUGGCCAGUCCUGAGCAGUGUGUAGCAAAGUUGACCUCUCUAUGUCACCAAUUCAAAAUACCUUCUGACAUCUCCUGGCAUUUCUUCCUGUGGUCCCAGUGGGAAGUGACAAGCCCUGUAAGGCUGCUGUUGUGUAGUGACUUGGGGGCACAGCGUAGCUCUGGAUGUCAUCAGUAUGUAUGCACCUGGCGUCUUCCGUGGCCACGAGGCACACCUUUGCUUUUUUGAAUGUGAUGUAAAAUUUGUACAGUAAAAGUUUUUAUAUUUUCUAUCAAUUGCGUUUGUCUUCCAGAAAUGCUAUUAAUUUAAAUUAAAAUGGUUAGUAUUAACGAA